AAUUAUUUCAUUUAACAAUAAAACCCGUUGACAAUUGUAGUGCUAUUAUUUUAUUAAACAAAAUGCUAAAAAUAUUCGGAGUGGCUUUGUGUCUUUUAUUGGGGAUUCAAGUCAUCGCAGCAAAAACCGAGAAAUACGUGAAUGUGACCGCAAAUCCAGGUGAACUCUGCAACAGGGAGUGUGUUGAAAAUGACCGCCGAGUGUGCUAUUUUAAUUUUGUCUUGGAACAUUACCAUGCCAUGGGCAGUGCAUGUAAGAGCUGUGGUCAAGGAGUAGUUGAAGAUUGCGAUCAUCAUCAAUGCAUAGUUGGUGAUGGUACCGAAAAAGGUGUUAUGAGCAUCAACAGAAUGAUCCCUGGGCCAGCAAUACACGUUUGCAAAGAAGACAUGAUUAUAAUCGAUGUUGUUAAUAAUGCUCAUGGAACGGCAGCUGCUUUACAUUGGCACGGGAUGCAUAUGCGUAAGACACCUCAUAUGGAUGGAGUUCCAUACACAACACAGUGUCCUAUUCCUUUUGCUUCGACUUUUCGAUAUGCGUUUGAAGCUACGGAACCCGGCACAAAGUUUUACCAUUCUCAUUCAGGACAUCAUAAGUCAAAUGGUCAGUAUGGUGCUUUCGUCAUUAGAGAGCCGAAACACCUUAUCCCGAAUUUAAAGGAGUACGAUUAUGACCUUCCGGAACACUACAUUUUGCUGUCAGAUUGGAAUCAUGGAUACGCUGAAAAUAUAUAUCCCGGACUAGUUUCGUCGCUUACUUUACCCGAGUCAUUAUUGAUCAAUGGACGUGGUGCUUUUAUUGAUCCAAAUACACUUCAAAUUAGAAACGUCCCCGUUAGUAAGUUUUUUGUGGAGCCUGGCAAAAGGUACAGAUUCCGUGUUAUAAACUCAAUCAGUCAUAACUGUGCAGUUCAGCUUCAAAUCGAAGGCCAUAAAAUGACAGUAAUUGCUUCAGAUUCAUCAAACGUUAGACCAAUGGAUAUAAACACCCUUGGCAUUAACUCUGGCGAAAGGUACGACUUCGUCCUCACAGCCAACCACACAAAAGGUGAUUUUUGGAUGCGAGUGAGUCCCAAAUCACCAUGUGCAGAAAAAAACCCAAUGGAUGGAUUUUCACUAUUGAGGUAUAAAACUGAUAAAAUGACAGCUGAUGAACUCAAGGCACCACAACCACCCUUCCCGAGUUUGAAUACGACCUACCCGUCAGACAUCAGACUUAAUGAUCCAACUGCGACUUGUCUGGGAGAAAGCACGAAUUACUGUGUUAGUGAGCUUACUGCGAUUGAUGCUGAUGAAGACCUUCUCUUUAGAACUCCAGACCAGAAGUUUUUCCUUUCGUUCGAUGCUUAUGUUCAAAAAAAUGAAGAUAUCUUCCGCCCAGGACAUUUUGGGCAUUUUAUGAAUCUAAUCGACAAUAUUACAUCAGUGGCUGCAAUUAAUGGUAUCAGCCUUGUUUUUCCUGCAUCGCCACCUUUAACUCAAUUAAAGGAAAUUGACGAAUCAGAGUUUUGUGACGUAAAUAAAAAACCAAAAAAAUGUGAUGGAAAGGCAAUGUGUACGUGUAUACAUCGACUCAAAAUUAAAAAGGGCAGUAUUGUUGAAUUGAUAAUUGUCGACGAAUCAACCAAUUUGGAAGGAAAUCAUCAUCCAUUCCAUUUGCACGGAUAUGAUUUUAUGGUCACUGGAAUGGGUCAACACCCCGAGGGAAUACCUAUGACUGUAGAUUUAGCCAAAAAAAUGGAAAGAAGCGGCGGAUUACCAAGAAAUUAUAGCAAUAAAAGGCCUCCAUUCAAGGACACUGUUUCAAUUCCAGGUCGUGGGUAUACGAUCUUGCGCUUCAGAGCUAAUAAUCCAGGAUUUUGGCUCAUGCAUUGUCAUUAUGAGUGGCAUCUGUCUGUGGGAAUGGGACUCAUAGUUCAAGUUGGAGAAGUUAAGCAGAUGAUUGCUCCACCGAAGAAUUUUCCAAAAUGCAGUAAUUAUGUUCCGAAGGUUAAGAUGAUUAAGUAGAAGAAUAUACUUUUUAUGUUUAACUGAAUUAUUGUUAUACGUAUUCUAAGAUUAUGUUAAAAUUAAUAGAAAUAAGAGCUUGCUUAAAAAUGAAUAAAUAAAUUUGACAACAAAAUACA